CACCUAAUGGCCCCAUCCAAGCAACACUCGGAAAUUGCCACGGGCUUCGAGACUGCCAGGCGCCACCUCGAAGCCAUCGCACCCGCAUCUCCAGACUUGACUCCGCCCGAAACGUCCGUUACCGAUAAAUAUGCAUUUGCUUUUGACAUUGACGGUGUCCUGAUUCGUGGUGGUCGGCCGAUCCCUGAGGCGAUUGAGGCCAUGAAGAUGCUCAAUGGUGAAAACGAAUACGGCAUUCAAGUCCCGUACAUUUUUGUUACCAACGGCGGCGGCAAGACCGAAGCCGAGCGCUGCAUCCAACUCAGUAAGCAAUUGGAGAUUGAAGUCUCGCCCGGCCAGUUCAUUUGCGGACACACGCCAAUGAGGGAAAUGGCUGAGAAGUACGGCACUGUGCUGGUUGUGGGUGGUGAGGGCGAGAAGUGUCGCAUCGUUGCCGAGGGUUACGGAUUCAAGGAUGUAGUCACACCUGGCGAUAUCAUCAAGGAUAACCAGGAUACCACGCCAUUCCGCAAACUUACAGAGGAAGAGUACCGAAACUCGCGGACGCGAAACUUUGCUGAGGUUGAAAUUGAGGCCAUCUUCGUCUUUGCCGACUCGCGCGAUUGGGCUUCGGACCAGCAGAUCAUUUUGGACCUUCUCAUGUCCAAGAAGGGCCGCCUUGGCACCAGGUCGGAGAACUAUGAUGAAGGCCCACCCGUCUUCUUCUCCCACAACGACGUGGUCUGGAGCGCUUCGCACGACCUCACCCGCAUUGGCAUGGGCGCGCUCCGCGUUUCUCUGGAAGCCAUGUUCAAGGCUGUCACUGGUCGCACCCUUGAGACGACGGCAUUCGGCAAGCCUCAGAUUGGUACCUUCCAGUUCGCUACUCGCCUCCUCCAGGAAUGGCGCAAGGACACACAUGGUAUUGACUCGCCUCCCUCGACUGUUUACUUUGUCGGCGACACACCUGAAUCGGACAUUCGAGGUACGAAUGAAUACAAUGAACAAAACCCUGACGCCAACUGGUACUCGAUCCUGGUCAAGACUGGUGUCUUCCAGGACGGCACCAAGCCUCGCUUCGAGCCCAAGGCCACUGUGAAUACUGUCCUCGACGCAGUCAAGCACGGCAUGGAGCGCGAGUACAAGAAGGCUCUUAAAGAGAGCAUGAUUGCAACCAAAGUGUUGGAUGAUUAGGCAUAGUUUGGAGGGCAUUUGCCUUUUUUUCUUUCACUCUCGGCUUGAUGACUUGUUUGUAUCGCAUAGCACUGGUGUAUUGGCGCACGGAUGAUACAUAUUUGGUUUUUACCUUUUUCUUUCUUUCUUUUUUACAAGAGGACCACGAAGAAGACGAAGAAUAGCGCUAGUCGCUGUGCUGAGAUGAUAGAUUCUCCUUAGAUGGAAUGAUACAGAAGAAAUAUUCAUGAAAU